AUGCCAAUUCUAUCUUCGAAUGUCUUUCAUGAUUUCUAUCGUUUAAAUCCACAUUGUCCAGGGAAGGGAGAAAUCAGUCUAUUCAUAUCUAUCUAUCUAUCUAUCUAUCUAUCUAUCUAUCUAUCUAUCUUAGUCUAUUUAUCUCAGUUUAUUCAUAUCUAUAUAUCUAUCUCAGUCUAUUCAUAUCUAUCUAUCUAUCUAUCUAUCUUAGUUUAUUCAUAUCUAUCUAUCUAUCUAUCUAUCUAUCUAUCUCAGUCUAUAUCUAUCUCAGUCUAUUCAUAUCUAUCUAUCUAUCUAUCUAUCUAUCUAUCUAUCUAUCUCAUCUAUUCAUAUCUAUGUAUCUAUCUUACUUUAUUCAUAUCUAUCUAUCUAUCUAUCUAUCUAUCUAUCUAUCUAUCUAUCUAUCUAUCUAUCUAUCUCAGUUUAUUCGUAUCUAUCUAUCUAUCUAUCUAUCUAUCUAUCUAUCUCAGUCUAUUCAUAUCUAUCUCUCUAUCUCAGUCUAUUCAUAUCUAUCUAUCUAUCUAUCUAUCUAUCUAUCUAUCACAUUUCACGAAAUCUAUCUAUCUAUCUAUCUAUCUAUCUAUCUAUCUAUCUAUCUAUCUAUCUAUCAAGAUUUCAGUGGUCAACUGGAUCUUUCUACAACUGGUUGACUGGAUCUCUUUCUCUCUCUCCCCCACAUUCUGUCUUCUUUUAUCUCUCGGUUUUCCACUAUCACUGUUUCUUUUUAUCUCUCUUUUCUCUCUAACUCUCUCGCUAUUUUUGUAUCUAUUCUCUCUCUCUCUCUCUUUUGUAUUUUUUGUCUUUCUCUUUUUUCUUUCUUUCUUUCUUUCUUUCUUUCUUUCUUUCUUGCUUUUACCGUAUUUUUCUUUUUCGGCGUUUCUCUCUCGCUUUUUGUUUUUCUUUCCGUAUCUCUCUUUUUCUCUCGGAUUUUCUUUACCAACCACUUUUUCUUCUUUUCCGCUUCUUUUGCUUUUCUUUUCUUUUCUUUUUUUUGCUUUCUCUGUCUUCUUUUCUCAAUCUUCUAUCUCUCUUGCUCUGUGUUUCCCUUUCUAUGUCUCUUUUCUUCUCUCGACAUUUCGCAACCAAUCACUUUCUCCACUUUACUUCCUGUCUCGCUCUGUCAUUCUUUCUUUUUUGCAUUAUUUUAUUUCUCUAUCCGUCUCACCCACUCUCUAUUUUUUGUCACUUUCUUUGUUGAUCUUUCUCUCUCGCUCUGUGUCUUUCUUUCUCUGUCUCCUUUCUUUUCUUGGUCUUUCGAUUAUAAUCAAUUUUUCUUUUUCUCUCGUUGUAUCAUUCUUUCGAUUUUGUUUACUGACUUUUUUUUUUCUUUGUCUCUCUCUCUCUCUCUCUCGCUCUCUCUGUAUUUGUCUCCCUUAUUCUCUUGAGCUUCGCCAUGAACCACUUUUUUCUUGUCUGCCUCUCUCGUUGUCUUUCUCUUUUUUGUAUUUUGUUCUCUGUAGGUGUCUCGCGUUCUCUUUAUUUUUGUUAAUAUUUCAUGGUCUUUCUUUUUCACUUCGUGUCUGUCUUUCUCUGUCUCCCUUUUUCUCUCGAUCUUUCGCUAUCAACCAGUUUCUUCUUUUUUUCUUUCUUUCUUUCUUUGUAAUUUUUUUCACUAUCUGUCUCGGUCUUUCUUUCUUUCUUUCUUUCUUUCUUUGUCUUCCUUCUUCUUUUGGUCUUUCAAUCACUUUAUUUCUUUUAUUUAGUUAUCUUUCUUUCACUGUUAAGGUCUUCCCCCUCUCUCUCUUUCUGUUCAUAUUUCUCUACUUCUCUUCUUCACUCGGUCUUUCGCUAUCAAUCACUUUCUUACUUCUUUCUUUCUUUUAUUGUGUUUUUUGUCUUUCUUUCAUUAUCUGUCUCAUUUUCCUUUCUCUCUCUCUCUCUCUGUUUGUCUUUCUAUGUCCCCUUCUUUUCUCGAACUUUUACUAUCAAUCAUUUAGCGUGUUUCUAUCUCUUAUUCUCAUUCUAUUUCUCUCUUUUUGUUUUAAUAUCUCUGCCUCAAUCUUCAUGUCUCACUUGCUAGUUUUUAGUCUUUUGUGCUUCCUUUCUUUUUCUUUCUUUUUCUCUCGUUCUUUUUGUUUCACAUUUUCUCUUCCUCUCUCUCAUUCUGAUUUAUUCUUUCACUCUCUAUCGCUCUCCGACUCUCAUUCUCUUUCUCUUACUCUUUUUAUCAUUGUCUCCUGA